AAUCAUGGAGCCGAUAACCAAGUGGUCUCCUAAGCAAGUGGUGGACUGGAUGAGGGGUCUUGAUGACAGUCUCCAGCAGUAUGUGUCCAACUUUGAAAGGGAAAAGAUCAGUGGAGAGCAGCUGCUACUGAUCUCCCACCAGGAUCUUGAGGAACUGGGUGUGGCUCGUAUUGGCCACCAGGAGCUGAUACUGGAGGCUGUUGAUCUGCUGUGCGCUCUGAACUAUGGUGUGGAAACUGAUAACCUGAAGAAUCUUGUUGUGAGAAUGAGGGCAGCAUCCAACAAUCUGCACAUUGGCAUAUCGGAGCGCAGGAAGAGCCUUAGCUAUGAUGGUAGCAACUCCCGCAAACCCCCAAAUGAGUUCCUUACCUCUGUGGUGGAGCUGAUUGGAGCAGCCAAAAGCUUUCUGACCUGGUUGGACAGAACCCCUCUGACUGGAAUAAGUGACUUUACCAGCACCAAGAACAAGAUCAUUCAGCUGUGCUUGGAGCUGACCACCACAGUCCAACAGGAUUCCACUGUUUAUGACAUGGAGCAGAAGAUUCUGGAAGUUUCCAAGGUGUUAAACGGUAUCUGUGAUCAGACUAUGAGAACCACUUCAGACUCUUUAAUGAGUCGCUCGACAUGCCUUGAGGAAGUGCAGCUGUCCAACAUCAAACCUGGAGAAGGCCUGGGGAUGUAUAUAAAAUCCACUUAUGAUGGGCUUCAUGUCAUCACUGGCACCACGGAACAUUCUCCAGCAGACAUGUCUCGUAAGAUCCACGCAGGUGACGAGGUGAUCCAGGUCAACCAUCAGACAGUGGUGGGCUGGCAGCUAAAGAACUUGGUAUCUAAGUUAAGGGAGGAUCCUAUAGGAGUGGUGCUGCUGCUGAAGAAAAGGCCAGCAGGCACAUCUGGCUUCACACCUGCACCGCUUAAAAACAUGCGUUGGAAACCCCCACAGGCACAAAGCUCCUCAUCACCCAGUAAAAGCCAGUCACCUGACAGCAGCACUGGAUCCAGCAGCAGGAAUCAGAAAUCUGCCAUCCUGGACCUGUAUAUUCCUCCACCCCCAGUAGUUCCUUAUACACCACGGGAAAUGAGGACCAGCUCAUUUAGUGUCAUUAACAGCAGACCUAAAGGCUCUGAGUCACCCAACUCAUUCUUGGACAAGGAGAGCCAUCGACGCUUCACAAUUACAGACUAUGACAAGCUUGCUGCCUAUCCUGUGGAGGCUAACGUGGUGCAGACACAGUUUAGGGAGAGAAACCUCUCACGCGGUAAACCACGGCCUCUUUCCAUGCCAGCUGACCCUGGUCUGAACGUGACAGACCUUUACAGCAGGCCGUGGAUGCAAGGACGAAAAGGUGAGGAUCUUCUAUACAGAUACCUCAGUAACGAGCGUAUCCCCACUAUAGCCGAGGAGGCACCAGCCAUGGGACACUCUCACAAGUCUACAGAAGAACAAUAUGUACGAGGUGUAGACCAUGUACGGAACAGUCGGUUUCUUGUCAACGUAGAUCUCCACAACAGCGCAACCAUCCCUUAUCAAGAAGACCCCACCAAAAAGACUCCUAUGACCUCCACCCCAAAAAGACGGCCUGCGGAACCUUCGCUACUGGAUCCUAACUGGAUCUCCAACAGGUACAACACCACAGCGAUGCGAUCCUGGUCCUUCUCUCAAGCGGCUUCUUUUCCUAUUUCACUUGCACCUCGAACAAAUGCCAGUGAAUACAACCCUGUGUCUCUCAGACACAGGCCUAAGAAAAAGACUCAAAGAGGAGAUGCAACAAUGAGCAGAAGGAGGGUUUCAGUAAAGGACCUCAACCCAGCCGAUCAUGAAGGCUGGCUCUUUAGAAAAAAUGAACAAAAAGGAUUCUUGAGUAUUAAGUGGAGAAAGUACUGGUUUGUACUAAAGAAAAACUCGCUGUUCUGGUACACUAAUCAGAUGGCUGAAAAGGCAGAGGGUUUCAUUAACUUGACUGAUUUUGUAAUCAACCGAGCAAUGGAGUGCAAGAAAAAAUUUGCUAUCAAAGCAUGUCACCCAAAUAUCAGGAUAUUCUAUUUUGCUGCUGAGAGCCAAGCUGAGAUGAAUAUAUGGCUGAAUAAACUUGGUCUUGCAUCAAUUAAGUAUGAACACACAGAGAGCCAACCGGCCGAAUGCUACAGUGAAGAAAGUGACCAUGAGGAGGCUGAGACUACUGAUGCUCCCCCUCCACCUUACUCUGAACAGCUGCUGACUCAGGAUUUAAUGAGUGCUGACAGUCCACCAGAAACUGGACUAACAGGGAGUUUACCUCCUCCGUACUCAUCUCCUGUGCCCAGUGAAGCUUCUCCAUCCUCGCCCGUCAGCACUAUGACCUCCCAAAGUUCCAUGUCCUCAGUGGCAAAAAAGCGGCAGUCGUGGAUGGACCUUGUGUCGCAGGCUGGCCCUGUUGUUGCUGCAGAGAGCGCUGUGUGUUCUGUUAAAAGUCAGUGUCAGAAAAGCACAGUGCAGGAAGCUUCAUACUGCACUGAGACUGCUGCUCAUCUAAAUCAGACAAGCAUGGAGCCUGGGGAGCAAACACUGGUUCAGUCAGGAGGGAAUAGACCUACUAAUAAUUUCAAUGAGGAAACUGAUGAAAUGGAGAAACUGUACAAAGAUCUGAAAAAAGCAAGCUUAUCUCCCACUGGUGAGAGGAGGCCUUCAUCAAAACGAGAAUUCAGAGCUUCAUUUAUUAAACGCUGCAAAAACCACACGGUCAAUGAAAAGUUGCAUUUUAUUCGAACACUCAACAGCACAUUAAAGGCUAAAGAGGUAGAUCUGCAGACUCUGGAUCAGGUGCUGGCAGACCCUUUCCUCACUGCCAGUAAGUACCGGCAGUGGAAGGAGACAAACAUGGUGCUGCUGCAAGAGAUUAUUGUGCAACAUGGUAAUCGGACUGAGGAAUCUGAUUUAACCGCUGCAUUUCCCCCUCCAACAGAAACUAGUGUAUAAGCACACCAACCAGAGUGAUUUAGAAAGACAUGCAGUCAGGCUGAAACGGACUUGUGUGUUAAACAUUUCCUAAGUGUAUGUUUUUAAAGCUGAAGGAUUUCUAAUUUCUAAUUUCUAAUUUCUGUAUAUGUGAUGUUAUUGUGGUUCUCUUAAUACAGUUAGUAUGUUGGGUCUUUACACAUUUGGCCUGUGAUGACUGUGAUCAUUUUAGUUUGGUUCCACAGGAGUGUGUAACCUUCCUAAGCAGAGGAGAGAAAUUGGUUUAAACUGUGAUAGUCUAACAGUUAUUGUACAGAAAUCCCAAUACAGUCUGAACUGCUGACAAAUAACUCAGUAUGCUUACACCUAAGCAGAAAGAAUACCACAGUCUCAUGAUCUGCAUGUGUUUAGUUCUUUUUUCUUUAUUUACAUUUGAUUGUAAAUAUGUAUUUUAGUGAAUUUGCUCAUUUUGAACAAUGUACAGUUUAGUAACAAUUGUUUUAAAUGUUUUAUUAGUUUUGCUUAAAUGAAAAGGAAUUUUCUUUUUAAUACAAUGUAAAAAUAAACACUUCUGCUUUAAUUAAAGACAAAUAAUAAAUUCAAUCUUUUUUUAAUAAAUAAA